AUGGCGUCAACUCUUCCUAUUUUAUGCCUUGAAGAAAUUUUCGAAAAUCUUCGAGACGACUUAGCAUCCUUGUUCUCUUGUGUUAAAUUGAAUCGACAUUGGUGUAAGAUUGCUAUCAAAUAUUUAUGGUGUAACCCUUUUCGCGAAACAACAAAUGGAAAUAUUCUUUAUUCAAUUAAAUUGAUGGGUUUAGACGACAAGAAGCCUCUCUUCCCUUAUUUCGAUUACAUUCGAGAAAUUAAUUAUCCAAUAUUGUUGAGUAUCACCAAUGAUUAUUGGAAUUCCAAGAUGAUUUUGGAGUUGAUUAUAAAUAGAAAUAAUACAAGAAUAAUUCGUCUGAAUAUCGAUCAAUAUAAACAAUGUCAACACGACGAUAAUGAUUUUCAAUAUUUGGAAAUUAAUUGGAUGAAAUUUUUUGAUUUGCCAGCUGCUUCAAAUUCUUUGUCCCAACUCUAUAGUCUGACAAUUUGCAAUCAGAAUGCCAAUGAAAUUCUCGAGGCAAUCGAUAAUAGAUUUUGUCCAAAUCUUAUUAGUGAAUUGAAGAUUAUGAUCUACCCUAAUAGAGGAGAUUGGGAUUUUGAUCCUAGAAUAUUAGAACAGGUGGCUAUGGAUAUUAAUCGAUUGAACUCUUGGAUUGAACUAAGGCGUUUCACCGUACAAUUUGGGAAUGAAAUUGAGGAAGAUGCUCUCUUUGGUAGUGAUAAUUUUCUUUUAAAAUUGGCGAAUUGUCUUCCGCCAGUAAUCAUGGAUAGCUUGUGCCUCGCUGGUCCCUUCGCAUUCUCCUCAGAGAAUUUGGAGACUUUUUUCAAUAUAACUAAAACAAGUUUUAUAAAGAUUUCGCUUCCAAGAUCUACAUUAAUCUGGGAUUCGGUUCUUGAAGCUUUUGCUAAAAACACCAAAGGAGUCUUAAAAGAAUUGGAUAUCCCACUCGCUUCCAAAAUAUCAAUGGACGCUUUAUCUAAAGCAAAAUUAGCGAUUCCAUAUAUCAAUGCACCGGUUUUAAAAGAAGAUCCCAGCUGGAUAACUAAUAUUUUUUCUGAUGAAGAGAAUGAUUUUGACGAUUAUGACUUCGACUAUGGCGAAGAGCAAUUUGACGACGAAAAUCGAGGAUCUUGGUCGGACGAUAAUAAAGAUGAUUUCUUUGGUGCAUGGAAAUAA